AUUAUUCUCCUAUAUACUACACUUGACAAGUUUCACAGUAGCACUUGAAAAACAUCUCUCUCUGCUCACAAAAUCAAUGGCGGAUUCGGAUAACGAAUCGGGCGAACAGCGGGAUAUUCAACGAGAGCAGGACCGGUUCCUCCCGAUCGCGAACGUGAGCAGAAUCAUGAAAAGAGCGCUGCCGGCAAACGCCAAGAUAUCGAAAGACGCCAAGGAGACGGUGCAGGAGUGCGUGUCGGAGUUCAUCAGCUUCAUCACGGGAGAAGCCUCCGACAAGUGCCAGCGCGAGAAGCGGAAGACCAUCAACGGCGACGAUCUGCUGUGGGGCAUGACCACCCUCGGAUUCGAGAACUACGUGGACCCGCUCAAGGUGUACCUGCACAAGUUCAGAGACGUGGAGGAGGAGAAGAGCUCCAUGGCCGGAAUUAGAAGAGACAAGGAUGCCACCGAAGCCGACAAUAUGUUCAAUACUACCUACCAUGCCCUCUAUGGAUUCAAUCAUCAUCAUCAAAAUCAAGGCUAUGGCUCCGGAAAGGUGGGUCCCGGUUACCAUGUCGGAGCUGGCUCCGGUGGCGGCGGCGGCACUCAUUGAUUAAGGAUUAAUCAGUUUAUUUAAGUAUUGAUGAUUAAGCUAGCAAGGUGCUGUUGGUGAUUGGGACUUUGUUAUAAUUUAGAAAUGUUUGAGUCGUGGUGUGAGAGUUUAACUAGGAAAAAUAUUUGUGUGUUAUCUUGGAUUUGUUUAAUUUAGUCGGUCAAAUUUUUUAGAAAUAAAUUAUGCUUCAUGUA